AUGGCCAAGAUUCUAUUUUCGAUUUCCAUAAUACUUCUUAGUUAUUCUUACUUAACGGAACAAGCAAAAUUAUCACACGAUAACACGAUUGAUAAAUCAGACAUGGAAACUAAUAUAUUGGUGGAUGGAGAAAAUGAAGGUCCCAAUUCACUGGAAGAAGAACAAUUGAUGUUGUUGGGAACAAGAGGAGUUGAAGCCGCUACUAAAUCAAAAAUGGUGUACAAAACCCGCGAUCCCAGGUACGUGAUAGACAACCAGUUUUACAGGGAAUUUGACGCAAGAAAACGCUGGCCCCAAUGCAAAACAAUUGGUGAAGUUCACAAUGAAGGAAACGCCCUCUUGUCUUGGGCUUAUGCCCACGCCGGGGUAUUCGCAGACAGAAUGUGCAUAGCGACUAAUGGAAGUUACAAUCAACUCCUAUCCACCGAAGAGCUAAUUUCCUGCAGUGGUAUAAAGUCUGUAUCAAAAGGCUGCCGUCACGGUAUUGUUCAAAGUGAACAUGUUUGGAAAUAUUUCAAAACUCACGGCUUGGUCUCCGGUGGCAAAUACAACACUAACGAUGGAUGUCAACCUUCCAAAAUUCCAUCAAUUUAUAACAUACCAACAAAAAUGUACAAACAUAAAUGCAAAAAGUACUGUUACGGUAAUAAUACGAUCAAUUACAACCAUAAUCACGUGAAAGUUAGCAACUACUAUAGAAUAUUAUCUAACGAAGAUAUUCAAAAGGACGUACAAACUUAUGGUCCAGUCUCAGUAUUAUUCACAUUUUACGAUGACUUAAUUCUUUACAAAAGUGGUGUUUACGCAAAAACGAAAAAUGGAAAAAGGAUACGAGGUCAAUAUGCCAAGUUGAUUGGAUGGGGAGUCGAGAACGGUGUAGACUAUUGGUUGUUGGUCAACUCUUGGGGAUAUGAUUGGGGACAGAAUGGACUGUUCAAAAUCAAGAGGGGCACAAAUGAAUGCAAAAUCGAAACUUCGAAGGUUAUGGCAGGCGAACCUGAAAUAAAAUAA